AUGUGUUCGCCCACCGGGCUGCAGUUGACUGUUCGGCCCCCGCGGGCUGCGCAGCGUCACGAGCUGCCAGGAGUGCCCGGGGCCUUUGUGCUGUCCGAUGUCCUCUCCGUCCAGGAGUGCCAUAUGCUCCGCCAGGCGACUGAAGUCAUGGGAUACAGACCGGACGUGCCUUUGUCCUCCGAACUGGAUGAGCGGGCGCACAACGUCGUUCUCAUGGCCAACGACUUUCAGAACUCCUCUCUGUUCGACCGAGUGAAGCACCUGCUGCCAAGCAAGCUGGGCCAAGAGAAGUUGUUGGGGAUCAACCGCAGAUGGCGAUUUUACCGGUACCUGUCUGGCAAUCUGUACCGGAAGCACUUGGACGGCGCUUGGCCGGCAAGCGGGCUUAAGCGUGGUGAGGACGGUCAGGACGAGUAUGUGUACGACGCCUAUGGCGGCGGCACCAGAUCAAAACUGACGUUCAUUAUUUACUUGAACGACGACUUCGAGGGUGGCUGCACCACCUUCUACACGCCUAACUCAGGUGAGGAGGGCGUGCUAGACUCCAGACCUGUGAAGCCCCGCAUCGGAUCUGCAACGGUGUCUCAGCGUAUUCAGAUUCAGAGGUGUUGGAAGCAAGACGAAGUGAUCUUGUGUGCAGUUGAGCUUCGCCCAUAA